CUUGACGCUCCUUGUGAUUGUCUCCUCCUUUUUCUUGCGUGUCAAGUCCCCAUUCACGGAAUCACCCUCCCCUAAUCAAACCCUAAUCUCCAAAACAAAAAUCCCUAAUCAACCAAUAUCCUCAUUGGUCCCUCAAUCCCUCCCCAUGAAACAAACACACACACUUUGAAUUUGGCUUCAAUUUUUUGUUUUCGGCUGAGGAGAGUUGUGCGGGUGGAGAUGUGAUUCAAGAAUUGAAAUUCUCCGUUGGGUUUUUUUACGGGAAUGGUCAGAGAUGAAAGGAGAGGGAGAAGCUGCGGCGGCGGCGGACGCGCAGGCGGUGGUGGCGGCGAAGAAGAAGUCGUCGAGGAGCUGGGUGCUGCUGGACGCGACGGGACAGGCGACGGUGUUGGAUGUGGACAAGUAUGCGAUCAUGCAUCGAGUCCACAUUCACGCUAGGGAUCUUCGCAUUGUUGAUCCUCUCCUCUCUUACCCUUCCGCUAUUCUCGGCCGUGACAGGGCCAUUGUUCUCAAUUUGGAGCAUAUCAAAGCGAUCAUCACUGCUGAUGAGGUGUUGCUUCGGGAUCCGUUGGAUGAGAAUGUAAUUCCGGUUGUUGAAGAGCUUCAAAGACGGUUGCCUCCCACGAAUUAUGUUCGCGGAAAUGAUGGGAAGGAGCUCCCUGCAGGGCAAAAUGAUGUCGACGCGGGCGAAGAAGAUGAGUCUCCAUUUGAAUUCCGGGCCUUGGAGGUUGUUUUGGAAGCAAUUUGUAGUUUUCUUGCUGCACGUACGACAGAACUGGAGACUGAUGCUUAUCCGGCUCUAGAUGAGCUUACCUCUAAGAUUAGUAGCCGCAAUUUGGAUAGGGUCCGUAAGUUGAAGAGUGCAAUGACGAGGUUGACUGCACGGGUCCAGAAGGUGAGGGAUGAGCUCGAGCAACUGCUAGAUGAUGAUGAUGAUAUGGCCGACCUUUACUUGUCAAGAAAAUUGGCAGGUGCAUGUUCACCAGUUAGUGCCUCUGGUCCUGCAGGUUGGUAUCCAGCUUCCCCUACCAUAGGCUCAAAAAUAUCACGCGCAAGUAGAGCAAGUAUGCUAACUGUUCGUGGAGAUGAGAAUGAUGUUGAGGAACUUGAAAUGUUACUCGAGGCUUACUUUAUGCAGAUUGAUGGCACUUUGAACAAGUUAGCUACGCUGCGUGAAUACAUUGACGAUACAGAGGAUUACAUAAAUAUUCAGCUUGAUAACCACAGGAAUCAGUUAAUUCAGCUUGAACUUUUUCUUAGUUCUGGAACUGUUAGUUUAUCCAUAUAUUCUUUGGUGGGUGGAAUUUUUGGUAUGAACAUCCCAUAUACGUGGAAUGAAGGCCAUGGAUACAUGUUUAAAUGGGUUUGCAUUGUCAGUGGAAUAGUAUGUUUCUUCGUUUUCAUAGUAAUUGUAGCAUAUGCUCGCCACAAAGGGCUGGUCGGAUCAUGAUCUUCGUAAAUAAAAUUUUGCUGAUACCAGAAAUUCAAGAUUUGUUGUUUAGAUCUUGUCACGUGGAUGAACAAAAUCAGGUGUCAAGGUUUUCACGUAUGAAGGAAUUAAUCUCUUGCAGAGUUUUGGUGAUUUUAGCACUGCCCAAUUGCCCAUAACGGCUAAGUCUAACUAUGGGAAUUUUAGAUUAGAAAGCCCAAGGAUGUGGCAAUUUCUUUGAUUGUUGCUCUAUAAUACUGGCUGUAAAACAUUAUAUAUCUUGAUUUUAGCCCAUAGUUUUGUUUUGGUUACACAAGUAUUUGGUCUAACUAGUAUAUCUUUGAAUCAGCAACAAUGUCAUAUCGAUU